AUGGAGGCUUUCAAGAACGCAGAAGCGCUGUCAAUCUUUCCCUCUUCACCUGCUGAUGCCCUGGAUGGUACAUAUGGCAUCCGGUCAGCCGAGAGCGGAUAUGUCGAGUCACAUGGUUCCAACAUCGAAAGUAACACCUGGUUCAAAACUCCGCCUCUUGAUGUAAAGACUAUCCAGCGACUACGCAGCAUUCAGCUUAUUACAGAGUCUCACGACCAAGGCUGGUGUUCCAAUAGGGCAAAUGGUAACUGGACUUGGUUCGAGAUAUCCAUUUUGGAAAACGCAAAUGCGACUGAGCCGAGGGUGAAGGAUGACGUGCAGCUAACGUGGGAGAGUCACAAAAAUCAGCUGAAGUCUAAGCACUUUGUCCCGCUUGAAGGAAGUCUGUUUCCCGAGGACCAUGAUAUUUUCCGACUCCUUGAAGAACAAAAUGUCAUUGCUGUCAGGAUUUGCUGUCGCUUCUCAGGCUGGAAGUUGGUCGCUAAGCAGGGAUAUCUCGUCGUGGAAUUUGGCGCCCCAGUGGAAAGAGAACCCCUCAGUUUCGGAACUAUCGCAGCCAAAGUUCUCAAUACCCUGGAGGCUUUCAACGAUGUCAAUGAACUGUCGUUUCCAGAUUUGGAGGAAUUUCCAUCUGUGCCUGCCACUGUAUUCAGGGCUGAUAGGAUGGGAACUGAGGCUGCCAACGAACGGCCGCUACGGGUUCUGUCCCUAGAUGGUGGCGGUGUACGCGGUCUGGCGUCCCUAAAGGUAUUGGAAGCAAUUAUGGACCGUGCAUGCCCAGGAAAGAAGCCUUGCGAGGUAUUUGAUAUGAUUGGCGGCACUAGUACUGGAGGACUGAUUGCUAUUAUGCUUGGUCGGCUAGAGAUGUCAGUGGAAGACUGCAUCAAGGAAUAUGAGAAUCUUAUGGGAAAAGUAUUUCCGCCAGCGCAGUUUUGGUCUUCAAUUUGGUCUUUGGAUCUCAACGGCUGGUGGGCGAGUGCCUUGUUCAACAGCGAGAAAUGGAAGUCUCAAGACCUUGAAGAAGUCAUCAAGGAUCUUGUUAGGAGGGUGCUCGACAAGGAGGACCCUGAAACAGUACUUUUACAGGAUCCGAAGGACCCCAAUCCCUCGUGCAAGGUCUUUGUCACGGCGUCCAGAGAAAUGGGGUCUAAUAACUUGGGGCCUGUCCUGCUUCGAUCCUAUUCGAACCCCGAUCACAUGCCUGAAUUUCCAGGAGUAAAGCUCUGGCAGGCAGCACGUGCCACGUCGGCAGCUCCAGCGUACUUCAAGCCUAUUGAAAUCAACGGCGAGUCUCUUAUCGAUGGUGGAGUGCAAGCCAACAAUCCUCUUGGAUGGCUAUGGACCGAAGUCAUCCAAGUAUUCACUCCAGUGCGUACAACAGACUGUUUCCUGAGUAUUGGCACGGGGGUUGCACUCAGCCAGCACGCGCUUUCUGUCUUUGGUCUUACAGGUCUUCUUACCAACUCAAACAUCGUUAACAUUUUGUUCCGCGAACUGAUCAAUGCAUUUGCUCCACGCGGUCUAACAAAGAAAUACUGGCGCUUCGAUUUCGGUGAUGGCCUCCCUGAUUGGGUUGAAGAGGAUGGGGUUAUGAAAUGGAUCUACCUAGCUAAAGUUGACAAGACUGGUGGAGAGAUGGAUGAUGUCACGAUCAAAGAGCUCUUGGAAAAGAAGGCGGCUGACUACAUUAAUGAGCCGGGCUUUCAGAAGCAGCUCGAUGACUGCGCCGCUGCCUUGAGAGAUCCAGAAACCAAAAAAGCAAGACCUGGUGGAAAUGCCGCGCCCUAUAGCAAGUAUCUUUUCGCAGCUGGGCAACGUAUCUGGAAAACUCGCAUCUCCGACAAGGACGAACACAAAUUUAAACCGAGCGCAAUUAUCAACUCACACCCACACGAUGACCAUCUUGAUGGACUCUUGGCAUUCCUCCGGUUUGCUGUUAACAAACGGGAUGAGGACUUUGACUUCAAGGGAUGUUUCUACCAGCCAGACUGUGGCCGCUCAACUGCCCUGAGAGAAACUCAUGCUCAGUUGAGGGACACUUUCAAUUGGAAACAGGGUACAGGCUUUAAGUACGACGGUAUUCAGGUUGAUUAUCCUAAAGCAAAAAGGAUUCUGAGCUGGAAUGCCAAUCCCGAUCCUCUCGCUGGCCCAUCUUACGAUCCAGAUCAUUCCUCGGUGAACUUGAAAAGCAUUUUGAUGAGAACCGUUCCCGGUGAGAUGCAUAUAAAGGGAAAAAUGUACUUCACUGGCGACAGUGUCGGAUGGAGGAUCUCAGAGAUGCUCCAGGAGACCCCACCAGGAAUACUUUCCAUUUACAAGAUUCAACAUCACGGCAGUUUGAGAAAUACGCAGAUCCAGGAUCAAGUCGUCAAGAUGGAGCGCACUGUCAGCAAGGAGGCUGUGUUACGAACCUGGGUAAAUCGCCUUACGAAUACAGACGGGCCCUCGUGGAAACUUGAAGAACCGGGAGCCAGCGCGCUAGAAGCAGUCUUCGACCUCAAGUUCAAGGAGCUAUACAAGGGCAUGGCUUUGUCGAACUAUCAAGAAACACUAAAUGAACGUCACAAGAAAUACACCCAGCUCUUCAUAAAGAUGAAACCAGAGGAAAGGUUAGUAGGAGAGCUUGACGGUCUUAACCCAGCGCCAUCAGAAUUCUACACGGCCGUGGUGGACCACAUCCAGGAACUCAGAGGUAAGGAAGCGACGCCUUUCUAUACCAGCGUUAAACCCCGAAAGUUGAAGAAGUGGUGGAUGGAGGCUACAGACCCUAUUUCUGCGGGGAGAGAGUAUUUGGACUACAUGGUUGUAGGCCACAUCAAGCACUUCUUCUUAAGCUUCGUUGCCGAUGCCUAUGUCAUCAGUGCGAACCAUGCUGCCCACGACCAUCCAUCUCCGCCUACCAUUCUGGGUCUGGCCCUGGCAGUUGAACAGCAGCUCAAGACUGGCGCCAGGAAACGCAAUGGUUUACUCUAUGUGACUGACGGAUCAGCCAUAGACUUGAAAGAAUUGGAGAAAUGUGCUAAGAACUGGGGUGUCACCUGGCCUGGUGUCAUCAGUGAAUCGCUGACCAUCAGAGCUCUGAAGAACCGGUGCUUCAUGAGCUUGGAUGCCAGCGACGACUUCAAAGAUCCAGAUCGAGAUAAGGAUGGCGCCACUGAGGAAAUAUCUUUUGACCCUGCGAACAUAGCCGAGAGUAAAAGCUUCACUGCGGAUGUUGAGGCAGACAAAUCACAGCUGGGUCAUAGAGACCUCGGGCCUAUCUUCUGUGAAAUCUUGACUCCCAAUAUCACUACCACCACCACGGACUUGUGUUUGAGCAUCGAAACGGGUGCUCCAAAGCUGAUCCCAUCGGUUUCUACCGUAGACCCACCAAGGCUUCUCUUGGAAUACUGCUGGAUCACCCAAGGCACUACGAGCAUGAAAGAUGAAAGCGAGGUCAAUCAUUUGGUCGUUCAACAAUGGGUGACCGACAAGUGGGAAAAGGUGGAUAUUUGGAUGGACAAUAUCACCGCAGAGUUUGGCAAAGACACCAAGACCUUGCUGUACUGGAAGGUUGCGGAUAAGAAAAAGGCAUUUUACAUCAACACAGCAACAUCAACGAUCGAAAUCGAUGAUCUCAAAAGUCCACCGCUAUCAGGUUACCAGGAUGUCUUUUUCACCAUCCAGCUGGAGAUAGACAAACAGCCUGUCAUGUCUCCCAUACCCGAAUUACCCCAAGGACCUCAGAGCUUCAGUUCGUUUUGCAUCUCAUCGGUGCUCGACCCUACUACUAUCUCAAGUGCAUGGAAGGCCAUUGAGGCGCUGACGAGCAGCGAAAUCGUCAUGGCCCUGGACCUGCACAAUAGCUUCGAGACUACAGUGCUCAACUAUCAAAUCGACCUUGACAAGUCAGUUAUUGAGUACGAGUAUGAUGAAGUCAGUGUUGAAGUCCAAUCAGCAAACCUGAUCUUCAAAAUCCCAGACAAUGCUACCAUCAUGAUUGGAUCCGAGGCCUUUCUCGUAAAGGAGGUUACAUUUGACCUAUCCUGGGACAAACAAGACUUGAUCAAAGCAAAACUCGACAUUAAAACCACGACAAAAGGAAUCGAAGUUGUGGUCCCGAGAGAAGUGUCAGGAGCAAAGCAUGCUUCGAGUCUCAGAAAGUCCCUGAUUGGUAUGGGUGUCAAACCCGAAGAGCUUACAAAGGUUCGACUUGCGAAACUGCUCGGAUACCUGAUCAAUUCUGACUCCAAAAUGUAUUCCCUUCUCUAUCAAGAGACUCCCGCGUCACUGCUGCUAUCUGGAGUUCUACGCCUAGUCCCCGAUCUCGACAGGUCACGCGCCCGGGUGACCAUGCUUCCAGGUAACAUGCCAUUGAUCCAUGAAGCGGAUAUCAAAUGCAGUCUCGACACGGCUGUUGGCGUACUUGAAGGUGACACUAAGCCAAAGCCUUUCAACCCUAACAUCACGUUCGCCGGGGUCAGUCUCGUGAUACAAACCUUGGGUCUUUUACUAUACAAUGCAACAAGCCCCGAUGAAAGCAUCGUAUUAACAGGCACGGCCAAAUUCGCAGCCGCCAAGAAACAAGGCCUCACAGUAAACCUAAGAUGUGUGAUAGAAGGACAAGACAGUGAGCAUCCUGAGGUCGAGUUCACCAUUAACGGCACUCAAUCGCUACACGACCUGGUUACCGAGCUUUCAGGAACCAUAAGUUUUACAGAAGCCGUCCCGCUGAAUGAUAAGGGCUUUACCCUGCAGUCCCUAGGCACAUCUCAGGUUGGCUUUGCCGUAACCCAGCCUGUUACUGCUCAUUCCCAUUGUGUCUUGUCGCGUGUAUGGGCCGUCACAGACUUUAGCGAAUGGCAAGACUUUCUUCCUUCCUCCUUUCCCAAAGUCCGAGGAGACGUCAAGGUUCAGGUGUACAACCCCCUCGAUGCGAACCAUAUAUCGGUGGGAGUUGUGGUUAACUACAAGACACGUAUCGAUACCACACCGCCCUGUGAUAUAGAUGUAACCUUCUUCGCCAACCCGUUGCCCAAAUCUGACUCGUAUGAAUUCCGGCUUUGGCUCUUACCCUCCAAUCGAACCCUCACCGUAUACGGCGUUCUAGAAGCUGUGGGUAUAACUGAUACAGCAACAUUCGGAAGUGCCAUUAAGGCAUUUCCCAUGAUUGAAAAAAGCCACAGCGUUCUUAUUCACCGAAUCUCAUUUGGCGUGGAGAAGAGCACCCUCUCGGGCUGGAAGUUUGGAGACUGGUCUCUGUGUCUCGGUGUUAGCAACGUCACGGUACUGCCGGACGUGCUAACCGUGAAGACUGGCACCCUAGAUAUGGAAUUUUUGGAUGAUUCCUAUCACUGUUCUAUUCAGGCUGACUUUCUUAUCGAGAAGAUAGAGACUAUUGCCAGUGCCUCUUUCAAGUUGCCUCAGAAAGAUACAGUUGGGAAUCUCAACAUUGACAUCCCCGAUGGACUUUCUGUAUCAGACAUUAUCGAUGCGCUUGAACUUCCCAACAACCUACAUCAGCUGCCACUUCUCGUCAAAUCUAUUUUGGAGGUCCAGUUACUUUAUGCCCACUUCACGAUUGGCUAUCCCGUCACUACUAGCAACCGUGCCGAGAUCUUGGGUUGUGAACUUGGCUUUAACUGGGAUGAUGGAAUGGACAUUGGUGUUAUUGGCCUCAACUCAGUCAAGAUCGACAUUCUCUACACCAGCAGCAAGAGCCCUCUCGGCACUGGUAAGACUGAUUAUGGGUUCACCAUUGCUGCUAUGUUCAACAAGAACGCUGUCAUGGCUCAACUUUCAUAUAGCUCUGUCGCCAACGAACUCGAUUUUAGCCUACACGCUCUCCAGACCGUUCUUGUCACGGACAUACUCAACACGUUACUUGGAGACACAAUCACCAACGCUCUUGCACCAGCCAUUGGAACACUAGGCUUUCGACAAGGUCGACUAACCAUGGACACUGGUCCGCUCAACGCUGUGAAGUAUUUCAAGCUGGAAUUGGGGGAGACGGAGACGGUCAAGGUUGACAGUUUGACCAUGACUGGCCUACUCAUCGAGUACAAGGCCGCUGUAAUGAGGUUGCCAGAGCGUCAACCAGCUUCACUCCUCUUGGUGGGACAAAUACGUAAUGAGAAAGCCGCAGCCAAGAUCACCAUCAGUUGCAUUGCCAAGCCUGGUGAGCCAGCGAUGGUCAAGACAUCACUCGAACCUGUCUCCAAGGAGGAACCCUUGACGCUGAAUGGCCUCCUGGGGCUGUUUAGCUUCUCCAGGCCAAAAUGGAUCGAACCUGAAGGGUGUCCUGAAAAGUGUCCUGAUUUCUUCAGCCUCAACGUGGUAGAAAUCUCGGCAACUAUGGAGGUUCGCGAAGCCACAAAGACAGAUCGGGGCACUCUUGUUAUUAGAGCACUGGACGCCGUGGCGGUAUCUACCGGGAUACUGACAGUCUUUGAUACAGUGAAACUACAAAACAUUGGUCUUGGAGUACACUAUGCAAAGAAAAAGGACGACGAAAAGUCAUCUAUCACGGCCGAAGUCGUCGGCGACCUGAUCUUCCAAAGUCUCCAGGGUCACAUACGCGUCGGUUACUUCCAAACGACCGAGGGAAAGGAAUUUCAUGGCUUUUACGUCAAGCAAAAGGCUGCUCCCCCUAUGUCAUUUGAAAAGAUGGCAGGCCAGUUCCCCUCGCCUGACAAGUACGCGAUCCCUGAACAUCUUGGACUGUCACAGAUAGGUCUCCAGAAGAUUGAAGUUCACUUGGGGAUCAACAAGUCAUUGAAAAUCUCGGGAGUCGGGGCCAUGCACUGGGACUAUGAGUCCAACGGUGUUCCCAUGUAUCUUGCGGAAAUAGGUGGGGAGAUCACUGUCAAGAAGACGAACCAGGGCUCCCUCCUCUUACCUGAAGGCACAGAGUAUGACGCCUUUAUUACGGGAAAGCUGACCAUUACCGACUUUGUCAGCCAGACAGAUAUUAGAGCCAGACUUCGAAUUGGAUCUUCACAUGCCCCAGUGUUAACAGCUAAGCUGGAGAAGACGGCAAAGGACAACAAGGAACUCGUGCGACUUUCUCAAAACAUGAGUUCCAGUAAAGAACUGGCCUGGGACCGUGUUGAGCCACCUGGAACUGCUGCUAUCAGUUUCCCGUCCACCAAUGUCUACCUGUAUGCCGAUCUCUCUAAGAGCAAGGGCAAACUGUUCCUAUGUGCGCACAUCGAUGACCUGGGAGAUGCAACUAUAUUCGCCCGCCCUGACACCAAUGACGCCACCAAGCACAGCUACUUCUUCUCCGUAUCGUGCACCAACCUAGCCAGGAUAUGGGAGAAAACACAGGAGCCGGUCAUGUCCACGUUCAGGCUGAGUCAGAUCGGAGCUCAGAUUAUAGGUUACCACGGAACUGUCGGCGGGCUGAUGGACGAGCUUGUCUUAAUCAAGACGGCAGCGAGUGCUGAAGACAUCGAAAUAGAGGAUUCCUCUUCCAUUCUUACUACUUUGGAUAAGGAAAAGACUCUGGACCCUGGAGGUUGGUUCUUCGCCACUGUUCAACUCCAGCAGCCCAGGCCCUCACCUUUGGUCAAGGCUCUGGAGGACAGCAUGAGCCCGAAUCGAGGAGAGGUUAUCACGCUGUUUGCAAAGAUUGACAAGUACGAACAGUCUCGCACCCAAUACGGCGUUAGUGUGAACAACUUGUAUCUUCUAGGAAGUUUCAUGGUGGUUUCAGGCCAAGGCAUCUAUGCUCCGGUCCGGGUUGAUAGAAAGCCAUAUCUCCUUGUUUCGGGUGAAAUGAAGGUGCUCGAAUUAUCCACAGAGCCUUUUACGAUAGAUGUGGACUUUGGUGUGUCUCUCGAGACAACCAACUUUUCGCUGAGAGGUACAGUACCUCCCGGCCCUCUACGGAAGCCAUUUGGGGCCAUGUUCAAUGUGGAGAUCAAAUUCGCCAGUAUCUAUGGAGUCAUUAAGCAUACAGAACCAAAGAAGGCCACAUAUGUGCUCCAUGGCAGCGGGAGUAUCGGGUCCUCUUCUUUGAAGUUCUCUUCGCUCGUCAUAUUUGAUCAAGACAUGAAGCCUACUGUUGUGGCAUUGGUUCUAGUCACAGAGCUACCUGAUCCUAAGCUACCCGCUCUUAAACAACGGGAUCUGACAACUGAUGAUGUCUUCACACACAUCAUCCAGCCGAAUAGCCAGACUUCUCCCUCGUGGCCUACAGGAUACAGCGGGCUCGUCUUCAAAGCUGCAACCGUAUACUACGCCCGCAAAAGCUUUCUUGGCAGUCAAAAUCAUCUUUACGAGCAGGGUUACCAUGUGAAAGCACUUGUCAGCUUUUUUGGUUAUGAUUUUACAGUAUCGGCGACCAUACCCCUCGAUCAAUCGGGCCUCACAGUCGCCGCGACUUACGAAGGGACUGUCAACCUGUCGUUUGCCAAGUUCGAUAAAACAACGGUGUCGAUUACUACUUCCAAAGAUGAAGAUAUUACUGUAUACGGAGCGAAAGCUGAUCUCACGCUGUUCAAGAAGAGCGGAUUUCAUAUAGACCUCAAGUACGAGCGGGGGAAAAGCCGAUACUCCGCCACAGGCAGUUACAUGGGCACAGACAAGAUCUUGGGGUUGUCAAAUCCCAUGGUGACGCUGACAUACGACAACAAGACGGGGUUGAUGAGCAUUAAUAACUGGCCUACCUACCAGGACCUGAAGGACAGUCUUUCGACCGUGGAGUUUGCAGAAGGUCUGAAGAGAGCGUCAGCCCAAGAUAUGACGUGCGAGAAGAUCGUGGAACUUAUUUUCAAGGAGACUAUCACCACCCAGUACAACAUGGAGUUCAAGGGCGCGGACCUGGGAUGUAAGAUCGUCCUCGACCCUCCUGUUACAGUUGCAGCAAUACCUUUACCAGACAUUUCUGUAAAGGUCUCCAAGGAGCUAUCCUUGGAUCAGCUUGGGGCCACGGUGGUGAAAAUGCUGGUGGAUAAUAUCUCAUCCAUAGCCUUGCAGCUCUUGAAGCAGCCCGAUAAACUGGCUACCUUUUUUGGGGCUCUGGUUGUCAAGGAAUUCGUGCAGCAGACGAUCACGGCACUCAUUUGCCGAAAGGUAGACAAGCCAAAUAUCAGAGAGCGAGCCGACGACCUGGUCGAAGAGAACGAGAGAAAUGUCAGAAGCAACAGACAAAGCAUCGAUGAAGAGGUCGUCCGAGGCAGCGCCAGCAGCAGCCUCGAAGUCGUGGGAGGCGCAUUCGCUACGGCUGAGGGACUCUUCGACGGCUUACUAACAGUCUUUGGCUUGAUGGGCUCACUGGUUGCGGUCUAUAGUGUCAUGGAUUCAGGCAAAGCGGAUGAGUUGAAGAAGAAGGCUGCUGAAGCUAAGCAACACAGAGAAGAAGCCGAGGCCAAGGUCACUGAGUUGAAGAAGCAUCUUGUCGAGGGACUCACCCUUGAUCCUCGAUUUGCAAUCUUGGCCAGUUUCAAAGACGACGAGACAAUUAUGUUGGACUGGUCCAAGGUGCCUCUCAAGUUCCAAGCCGAUAAGACUCCUCUCUCUUGGGACAUCGUCUUUAGUCCAAGAGAUGACAUAAAUAAUCCUGACGCGAUCAAGAUGUCGACCGAGAGUGCUUCACGAACCUUCACGACACCACCAACUAGGGAAUUUCUUACUGCCCCUUCGGUAUGGACGUGGGUUUGUGCCAAGGCGACUUUUGGUAAGACUGAGGUGCAAGGAUUAUGGCACCCAGCCCAGACGCUUACUCAUGUGCCAUCUAUGGUCCCUCCCAAGGAAGUGACAUUGAACGGCCCGCUUGUCUUGAACGGAUCCUAUCUCACGGUCAGUAUGCCACGGGUAGUGCCAGGAGACUAUCGGUUCUGCAUCGUCACUCAGGAUGACCUCACCGCAUCUCGACCGCUCUAUUGGUCCACCGCGCACAUUCCUACAACUAUAGAUUUUACGAAGCAAGUACGAGUAGUAGAGCUUGAAGCAUGCCCCCCUACCACUACUGGAAUACGCGCUGUCGCAAAGACCUUGAGUUCUGAUACAGCUAAGAUCCAUGACUCGCCGUACACUUCCUCUCAGUCACUAGAAACAUUGGCACGGCCACUCAAUCUGACUGCAAGCAUGGCUGGUCUCACUGUCAUGGCCACCUGGGAACUUCCUGGGCAGUCAAAAGACGAUUGCGAACUGGUUGUUCUGAAUGCAGUGACUGUUGAGCCCGAAACCACGGCCACAAUCCAAUUCCAGCCAACAAAGGAGGGACACCGUCUUGCUUCUGUGCAAGGACCAACAUUUCAAGAAGGGUACCACAUAUUUCUUGCAGCUCGUCAAAAGUCUACCAAGGUUUCAGCUAUCGGGCUCUACACUACCCUAUCUUUCGUUGUGUCUAACAUCCCACUGUGGACUAUUGAUGCCCUUGAGUCCUACUAUAGUAUUCCCUUGCAAACAUUAGUUCUCAACAUCAACAGCGCCUCGCGAGCAGCUGGGCCCUUGACAUUUGAAAUUUUGCUAUCGGGAGUUAUUACCGUAACCCCUUCAACCACUCAGCUCUUGGACCAGUCGACGGUUUUGCAUAUUCCAAACAUAAAAACCCCUUACCCAAGCACGGUGCAGGUUCGCGCAAUAAACGCUAGGCAUGUCCGAGGUAUCUUCGGUACCGCAUGGAAGUUUCCGUCUGUGCCGUCGGAUCUCCCUGCUCCCCAGCCCAGGAUUUCGUACAACGCAGGGAUUCUUACCGUGGCUUGGCCGGCUAUACCUGUUGCAAACGUCCGGGUGCUAGUGUUGGUGCAAGACUCAAAGACCGCAAAAGUCUUAUCCACCAAGAGUACAUCGGCCUCUGCAACAUCCUUGACAUUCUCCAAUCAAGACUUUUCGAUCGUCCCUGGGAUGAACCUCAUCUUCACCUGCUCUUCCAGAUUAGAUAAUAUUCAUGGCCACUCGACCAGGGUGUCGUACGAGAUUGCUGACAUGAACAAGGGCUGGGGCACUCCUCAUGAGCUGAUCAUCCCUGCACCAGAGACUAAGGUCACGUACUCAGCUGUGACGACAUAUUCUAUUGCACAACCUAUGGAUUCAACACUUUUCUGGGCCAGUAGCUCGGCCAAGAAAAUAACUAAGCUGGACUGGAACACUGGCAAUUGGUUGGCAAGCACCAUUCCGGCACAAAGAAUGGACCUACAGGGAUUUUGUAGCAUUACCAAUACGUCGCGCCACUCGGGGCAUAAAGAAUUCUUCUACAUCAGACCAGACGGAACAAUCGGGGGUUUUCUCUAUUUUGGUACCGGGGGUGGCUGGAGCCCACAGCCUUAUGCCUUUGCGUCUGAGACAGCAAAUCUCAACAGUGGAGGGGUUAUCGACGCUGUAUCUCCCAACUCUACCACUUCUCUUCUCUGCUGGGUCGCUCGAGAUGGAGCUCUAAGAUAUUCCGUAUGGGGCAACACCACAAAGGCUUGGUCAGUUGCAAACUAUGCCGCCGGGCCUCAGGCGGCUACCAUCACUGAAGCAGGGUUCAUCAGGGCGACCAGCCAAGACGGAAAAGGUGUGCACAUUUUCUAUCGUGGGAAAGGUGGUGAUCUCCGCGGUGUGUUCUGUAACCUCGUUUCUGACACUGGUUCUAUGACGUGGAAAGGGUUUAUAAUCCAUACUGAACCUGACGCAAGACCUAGUGGAAGUUCAUUCUGUGUUUCUGGAGUCGGGAAACCAAUAAGGAUUUUCUGGUCUAGUUCAACGGGAAGAGUGGUUGAGGCGCAUCGCGAUGGGGAAGAUCUUGACAGUUGGAAGGUCCAAUACGUUAGCAGCCCUGGCAGUGUUGGCACUAGUAAUAUGACCGUUGUUUAUAGAGACAGCGCGACUGUAUGUCUCUGGUGGAUUACCCCGACGGGUGCUAUCUACCGAGGUGAUGGGAAUAUAUCAACGGACGGCAAGAUCUCGGACUGGACUAUCACAAAACAACUUCCUGAUGGCACAGCGCUGUCAACUACAGCCAGUCCGUGGCCUCCUGGGGUUGUUUCCAACUUCUACACAACGUCCCAUUCCAGUAUUAUGAGUAUAUUCUGGGUUUCGCCAGAUCAAUUACUGAUGGGACAAACUUGGAGUCGGGAGCGCUAA